CCCCGGAGGACUCUCGCAGGGCUCCUCCCAGCCCGCGUCCGGCUCGGGGGAGCCGGGGAGGAGGCGGCACAAGCGCGGGGCAGCCCCCGCACGGCACCGCUGCCGCUGCCCGCACAUCGCGCCGGAGCGGCAGGUCCGCGCAUCUCCGGGCAUCUCCCGGGAGAGCCGCGGGCAGCGCGGGCGGAGCAGCGCCGGGCAUCAUCCCGGGCAUCAUCCCGGUGCCCGCCCCUGCCCCGCCCCGGCGGCUCCCGCAAGUGGCGGGGCUGCUCCGCCGGGCAGGGCAGGGCAGGGCAGCGCUCGGGGAGGCGCCCGGGUUUGCCCACCCGGCUGCCGCCUCCCCGCCCCCUUCGCCGUGUUUUUCUUGUCUUAUUUUGGGCGGCUGCGGAGGGAAACGCUUCGCUCUCCGCGCCGGAGCCGGCGCCCGCCGCGGUGUGGAUGCGUAUGGAGGAGUCCUCGUGAAAGCAGCUCCCGACGUUUCCCCCCCACCCACAAAAAAACCCACCAAAAAAAACCCCCAAACCCAAACAAACCACCCACUUGGACAAUUAAAACGGUUUUUGGCAGUAUCCAGUGUUGCUAAGGGUGAUUUAAUUCCUACUUCCAGUCCAGUUCCCAGACACAGCUUUUCCAAGGUGCUUCUAAACGCAGGAGAUGGUAACAGCUACGGGUAAAGAUCACCUUUAAAAGGGAACAUGGAUUUAAUAAACUCAACUGAUCAAAACAGUACAUCAGAACCGUUCAAAUGGGUGACAUCCAAGAUUCUCAUUUCCAUUACCCUGUCUGUGCUUGCUCUGAUGACAACGGCCAUCAAUUCUCUCGUGAUGACUGCAAUAAUUGUGACAAGGAAGCUCCACCACCCGGCCAACUAUCUAAUCUGCUCUCUUGCAGUGACAGAUUUCCUUGUGGCAGUCCUGGUGAUGCCCUUCAGCAUUGUCUACAUUGUAAAGGAGACCUGGAUCAUGGGGCAGGUGGUGUGUGACAUUUGGCUGAGCGUGGACAUCACGUGCUGCACGUGUUCCAUCCUGCAUCUCUCUGCCAUUGCUCUGGACCGGUACAGAGCGAUCACGGAUGCUGUGGAAUACGCACGGAAAAGGACACCUAAGCACGCUGCCAUCAUGAUAGCAGUGGUGUGGAUCAUAUCCAUUUUUAUCUCCAUGCCGCCCUUGUUUUGGCGGCACCAGACGGCCAGCAGGGACGACGAGUGCAUCAUCAAGCACGACCACAUAGUCUCCACCAUUUACUCCACGUUUGGCGCCUUCUAUAUCCCUCUGGCCUUGAUUCUGAUCCUCUAUUACAAGAUAUACAAGGCGGCAAAGACAUUUCACAGGAGGAGCGUCAGCCGGAUCGUGAGGGAGGAGGGGGUGAAUGGACAAGUCCUUUUGGACGCCGGUGAAAGAAGCACCAAAUCAGCUUCAAUGCCCAGCACGGCAGAGAAGACAUCAGAUCCCCUGGUGAACUCUGAUAAAAUCAAUGUCACCCUGCGAAGCCCCAGGUCUGAAUCUAAGCAUGAGAAGUCCUGGAAAAAACAGAGAAUCUCUAGCACAAGGGAGCGAAAGGCAGCAACUACGCUGGGUCUGAUCCUGGGGGCGUUUGUGAUCUGCUGGCUCCCUUUUUUUGUAAAAGAAGUAGUUGUUAAUACCUGUGAAAGAUGUCACAUCUCAGAAGACAUGUCUAAUUUCCUAGCAUGGCUGGGAUAUAUAAAUUCCCUUAUUAACCCUUUAAUCUACACAAUCUUUAAUGAAGAUUUCAAGAAAGCCUUCCAGAAGCUUGUGCGGUGUAGGCAAUACUUUUAAGAGCUUUUGUUCGUAUAAGAAGAACAUACUCAUUGUUUUUUAACCUGUAUAAAUUUAUAUAACUGAGAUGACGGUUGUUGUAUUUAAGGAAAAGCACCAAGACUCUGCGUUUACAUUAUGACUUCUUUUGUAUAAGUAGUGUUGGGAGCAUAAAUUGCCCAAGUUUUAAAAGAGAUGGAUCAUCUGGGAUCAGUUUUGCUCUAGAAAAGAGGUAGCAUAUUGUGGCUCUGAUCCAGCUGGGAUUUGCACAGCUGCCUAACUUGAGGCAUAAGGUAUUACCUUAAAUAUGAAGGAAAUACACACUUGAAGUAGACAAUUUUUUUUAAAAAGUAACCCUCAAGCAUCAAUGAAAUUUUAGGUAAAAAUAACACACAGGUUUUAAACCCUACUAAUAUAGGAUAGAAAAUACACCAUGGAAUCACAACAUGAUUUUAUCAGUAUGUCACAGGCCUGCAGCAUAGAGCCAAGCCAUUCCCAGCAAAGGGUAGUAGCUUUAAAUAUAUCUAACAUCAUCCUCUGUUGAUUAGCUGAGUGCAGCUGCAGCCCUGCCUUCUCCCAUAGAUGAAGGUCUUCCCCGUGUUAUGCCCCCACAGCACCCCAGCAGCAGGCAGUGUGCUUCCAUGGGAUGCCAGGUUCACAGCAAGCCAGUGUUGUGAGCCCUCUACCACUGCACACCCCCAGCAGACCCGGGCAGAGCCCCAGGGGAAACAGCCAAAUACCUGGGGCACCUCCAGUGAGCUGGGUACACAUCGUGCCCAGUGCUCUGAGACGCCACUUCCAUGGGAACUGGGGAGAAAAAAAGCUCAUAAAGAGCAGCUGGUCCUCCUUAUGGAGACAUUAGAAGGGAGAGAAGCAUGAGACACUUCUUUCUUCGUGUCCUCAUCCCUACCUCGCACACCCGGCCAAGCGCAGAACCUGCAGCACCAAACCCAAACACACCAUUCGUUCCAGGGCCCUCAGAGCACUGCUGCUGCUGCUGGAGGGUGGCUUCUCCACCUAAUGGAGAACUGGGGCUGACAGCUCUGGCACAGCAAGUUCAGCCUUCCAUCCUCAGAAGCUGAGUGUGCCCCAAGCCUUUUCUUGACUGCCUCAAGCACCAGGGCUGUGCACCCUCUUCCCAAGCACGUGAGAAAGCACCAAGGCUCUCUGGAAAAGGCUGUGCAUCAGCUUCUGCAGCCAGGGCAGAUGGAGUGGCCUCAGUAUGCAGGGCAUACCUGGGCAGAGGAUCCUGUGGGACACACACUGGCAGGCAGCUCUAAACCCCUCUUUCCCCCAGAGCAUCUAGUCCAUAUCCCCAGUCCCAGAAUAGCUAAAAGGGCCUUGUAGGCACAGCCCUGGCCAGCUUGUCCAGUCAAAGGCAACAUCAAUGAAUACAUCCCUUCUAAGGCCUCAAAGAUGGCACCUUGGCCAGUUCUGCUUGGCAUGCUCUAGAUGCCAAGCCACAGUGCAGGUUUGCUGACAGCUAAGGGUACCAACAGAGCAGGGGGCAUUUGCCCCUGCGUGCAGUUGAGUCACUAAGAGCCACACCAGAAGCCAGGGACAGGUUUUGCACUUUUCAGGACAAGCACAUUCAGGCUCUGUCACUGAGAGCUCGGCUUCGAAUUCAUUGCCAGACAUUCAGUGCUGCCUCACAGGAACAGGGACCUGAGGCUCCUUACAUGAACUGCAAACCUGGCUGUCAGCAGCAGCAAUGUCCUACUACAAUUUGGCACCUAGGCCAGCAGCUUAGGAACAUCACAAAGAAACUGAGACAUGAGACUACUAUGCUCACCCUUAGUUUGGGAAAGGUGUUACUGGUCUUUGCAGUUGUUCUUCCAGGAGACUUUCAGUGGUUUGCAUUAAACAAGAAAACCCAGACACCAGAAAAAAAAAAAAAAAAGACCAUCACUGUUGUUUCUCUCUCCCCCUCUUCCUCCCUUGUAUUACAAACUCUGGAGUUCAAUAAUUUUUGUAUUUUGCUCACUGGCUACCAGCUGACACAACAACUGUCAGAAGAGUUUCUUGCAAGGUGACAAGGUUUGAAACUUGAGAUAUUGAACUAAUUUGUUUCUGUCACUUGCAAUCUACUGUAUUCUGCUUUCACAUCAGGGUCCAAAUGAAAUGCUAUUCAGAACUACUAGAAAUGGUGCAUUUGCUUUAGCAUUGGUUUUAACGCAGCCAGGAAUCUAAUGGAAAGCUCAUUUGUCAUAUUAUGUAGCUCUAGCACAGCAGUGGCACAGCUAAAUUUUGAGGAUACUAGGAUGCUACAGAAUGGAAUUGGCUCCUGCUCAGUGCAAGCUUAGUGCACUUCACUACCAUUGCAGCCAGAGCACAGCCCCUGUGACCUCAGCAAUGGCUGCAUUAUGCUUAAAGAAAAGAAAUUGCUUUAAACAUCAGCUGUGCUCUGCUGUCUCCAGAAAGAGCCAUGAAAUCUAGCUUUCUAAAAGGAUUAGCAGAUUAGCAGGAGGCAGCAAAGAAAACCCCACUGAAACAUUUAAUAUUGAAGAUCUGUUUCCCAUGUUUCCUGAGUACUGACUCAUAAUAUUUUUUAUCGGGAGGCAUCUAUUCCUCUCCCCUGCUUCUCCCUUUGUGACCGCUGGAGUAUGGAGUAUAUUGUUUAUCCUCUCACACAUAAGAUGUUUGACAAUAUCUUGUGAAAUCAAAUUGGAAGAAAAAAUACGGGGCUGCUUUUUAGGAGAAGAGAUACUUAAAAUACUCAUUUAAAUAAUAAUGGAUAAAACUCAAAGAAUGGAACCAUAUGUAGAUAAACAGAAAAUAGCUGUCAUUUAUGCACUGUUAACAGUAUUAUACUCUGAACCUAAUUAAGAUGCUGAACAUUUCUCAAGAUGCAGGGUGGUUUCUUUUGUAUGGUUUUCACUGAGCUGUACCUGCUCACCCUUCAACACCCAGUGGUGGAAGAGGCAACUACAAGAAAUGCAAUGAAACGAGUGGGCAGUUACUUUAUUAAAAGCACUUGCGGCUUGCGGACCAUCA